CAAAAUUUGGAAAAAGUGAAAGUAGGGUUGCAAAAUGGGAUAGUCUUUUUGUCCACUAGGAGAAAGAAUUCAACCUGUUUUUAGAGAGUUUUAGCAGUGCAAAAUGUAAAAGAAGGGAUUGCUAAUCAAAAAACUGACCAGGAGAACUGCAGUAGGUUAUUUAUUUGCAAUAAUUGAAUGUGAUGCUAAAAUACAAAGCAACAAAAGAAUGUGAACAAAAACGGUAAAAACGUUGAAACAACCAUCACCUAAGGCAGCCUGUUUAGUUCCAGUGAUGGAGAACAGGAAUUUUCUUCCAUAUUCACCAUAUGCUGAUGGCAUAUCUCCUCAUAACCAGUUUCAGCAAAAUGAAAAUUUUGUGAAACCAGAAUUUCAAGGACCAUGGGAAAGUAAUAUCCCCUAUACACCAGAAAGGUACAAUUCUGGACCAAACCAAUUCAUGGCACCUGGAUAUGGAAGUAUUCCUAAUAAUUACUAUCCCUAUCCGCCACACUAUCCACAACCAGAGACCGAAUAUCGUGAAUAUGGUGCAAACAAUUCGGUUAAUGUAGGAUAUCCGCCCAAUUAUGGAGUGCCUGGAAAUCACUAUCCGGGACCUGUACCAUUGAAUCAUACACCAAAUAAUUUCUCAUCAGAUCAUUUCGUUUCCCAGUAUUAUCCGAAUGCAGGAUUUAAUUAUCAAUCUCCAGUGUUCAGUAAUAGUCCCUAUUUAGGACAACCCCAGGAGGACAUUUCACAUUGUGGGAAGUAUAAAACCAGCAAUAAAUCCCUUGCCAAACCGUACACAAAAUCCAAUCAGAAAGAAAGCCCUUCUUUACCACCAGAUCCAUUUUAUGGUAAUUGGGCAGCUAUUGUCACACCUGAGGAAAAGGAUAAAACUGAAAAAGCUGUACCCCCAACCAUUCUGAACUUUGAAAGAGAUGACACGUUAAGUGACGUAGGUAAUGCAUUGCUACAUAACCAGAGAGUGCUGUGUGAAAAUCUUCAAGGACUGACUUUUGAUGAGCCAGUUGCCCAUGUAUAUUGUCCUUCUGUAUAUGCAUAUGAAACUUAUAAAGAGUUUGUAAGGAAAUACUGUCGCACUGAGAAAAAAGUCCUCUUUGUUGGGAUUAAUCCAGGACCAUGGGGAAUGGUUCAGAGUGGAGUACCCUUUGGAGAUGGAACCUUUGUCCGUGAUUGGUUAGAAAUUCAGGGGAAUAUCCUGAGACCAGCAUGGGAGCACCCAAAAAGACCCAUUCUUGGAUUAGAUUGCACAAGAUCUGAGGUCAGUGGCAAGAAACUUUGGACAUUGAUCAAGAGUUUAUGUGGACAACCAGAUAACUUUUUCGAACACUGCUUUCUUCAUAACAUUUGCCCUCUGUCCUUCUUGUCGAAAACCGGCAGCAAUAUUACCCCUCCCGACAUCCUUCCCGCAGAAAAACGGAAUCAGCUGAACCAGAUUUGUGACUCUGCUCUGGCGGAUGUGAUUCGCCUCCUGAAAGUGGAGGUGGUAGUGGCAAUAGGUCGGUAUGUGGAGACUUGUGUGAAAAACGUAAUGAAGAAUGGAAACUUGCACGACUUCAGGGUGGAGUAUCUGGCUCAUCCGAGUCCACUCAACCGGAAAGCAGGAAAUAGGUGGUCAGAAAUUGCUGAAGAACAGUUGAGAGAGUUUGGAGUCUUGGCAUACAUUAAAACUGCCAAUGGAGCAUCUGGAAUAAAACCAGAGUUUUCAGAAUCAGAAGCCUCUGAGCAAGAUUCAUUCACAGAUAACAGUAUCAUCGGACAAUCUCCAUCAUUGAAGACAUUCAUGGAGAAAGAGCUUCCUUCAGAGGAUAGAAAUCCAUAUUCACAAGAAACCAUUGUAAAGCAAGAACCAUCCUUUGGAGUCAGCUGUGUUGACCAAAGACCACCCACUGGACCUUCUUAUGGUAAUCAGGAACCAAGUUUCAACUCUGUUUCUAAACAACAGUUUCCUGGGAAUCAGGAACAAAAUUUUGACUCUGUUUCUACAGGACAGUUUCCAGUAUCAUGCACUGCUAUAUCAGAACAAAGUACAUUUUCUGAAACUAGGUAUGCUGAACCAUUUUCUAGGGCAGGUUAUCAUCACCCUGAAAGAGGACCAGGGGGGCAAGGGAUACCCCCAGAAUUUGGCAUUAUAGAUCAAGGUCCUGCCCCUGGACCCCCACCAGUGACAGGCAUUACCGAUCAUAAACCAUCCUUACAAUAUCGCUGAACACAGCAUAUGCAUGGAAGACGUCAAUAUUGAGUGUACUGUAAACAUGGAAAUUUUUUUGUUCAGUUUUCAUUUACAAAACCUUCUGUGAAGGGUUAAUCUUUUUCUUUGAAACUAUGGAAAAGAUUUAUUAUAUGUAUAAUGCAAUAAUAUGGUAUUUAUAUUUCAAAAAAAUAAAAACAGUUCAUGUGGA